CAGGCAUCCACAGGCAUGGUGAGCCUGCUCCCUUCCAGACCUGACACUCUUCUUUUCCUCUCCUGCUGUAUCCCUGCUGGGCACCAUCCCCAAGGUGCUACGAGUCCAGGGACAAUCCCUGAGAGCAAGCUCCAGGAGCACCUCCAGCAGAUGGUUCAGUGACUCCAUGGCCCAGGUCCUCAGAAGGUAAGCAGGCAGCAGGCGUUCCUGCCCGGCACCAGCCCAGACGCCCUGUCUGCCCUUCUGGUUUUCUGAGACGAACAGGCUCCCAGGACGAUUCUUCCUGCCUCGCACAUCCCUGGCUCGCUUCCCAGGGAAUCACCUUUGUGAAGAUGGAGCUGUCACGUAAAACAGACUCCUGCAAUCCUUUCAGCAAGUCCUGAAAGCUUCUACGGGCAGCCAUGGCUGCAACUACUCCAGCACAAGAUGUUGGCGUAGAGAUCUACCUAGGUCCCGUGUGGCCAGCCCCUUCCAACAGCACCCCUCUGGCCCUCAACCUGUCCCUGGCGCUGCGGGAAGACGCCCCGGGGAACCUCACUGGGGACCUCUCUGAACAUCAGCAAUAUGUGAUCGCUCUCUUCCUCUCCUGCCUCUACACCAUCUUCCUCUUCCCCAUCGGCUUUGUGGGCAACAUUCUCAUCUUGGUGGUGAACAUCAGCUUCCGGGAGAAGAUGACUAUCCCAGACCUGUACUUCAUCAACCUGGCAGCGGCCGACCUCAUCCUGGUGGCCGACUCCCUGAUUGAGGUGUUCAACCUGGACGAGCAGUACUAUGACAUCGCGGUGCUCUGCACCUUCAUGUCCCUCUUCCUGCAGAUCAACAUGUACAGCAGCGUCUUCUUCCUCACCUGGAUGAGCUUCGACAGGUACCUGGCGCUGGCCAAAGCCAUGCGCUGUGGCCUCUUCCGCACCAAGCACCACGCGCGGCUCAGCUGUGGCCUCAUCUGGAUGGCCUCAGUGUCCGCCACGCUGGUGCCCUUCACAGCCGUGCAUCUGCGGCACACCGAGGAGGCCUGCUUCUGCUUUGCUGAUGUCAGGGAGGUGCAGUGGCUGGAGGUCACGCUGGGCUUCAUUGUGCCCUUCGCCAUCAUCGGCCUGUGCUAUUCCCUCAUCGUGCGGGCCCUCAUCCGGGCCCACAGGCACCGUGGCCUGCGCCCACGCAGGCAGAAAGCCCUGAGGAUGAUCUUCGCAGUGGUCCUUGUCUUCUUCAUCUGCUGGCUGCCGGAGAACGUCUUCAUCAGCGUCCACCUACUGCAGUGGGCGCAGCCAGGGGACACUCCCUGCAAGCAGUCUUUCCGUCAUGCCUACCCCUUGACAGGCCACAUAGUCAACCUGGCAGCCUUCUCCAACAGCUGCCUGAACCCCCUCAUCUACAGCUUCCUGGGCGAGACCUUCAGGGACAAGCUCAGGCUGUAUGUGGCGCAGAAGACGAGCCUGCCAGCCCUCAACCGCUUCUGCCAUGCCACGCUCAAGGCAGUCAUUCCAGACAGCACGGAGCAGUCAGAUGUCAAGUUCAGCAGUGCUGUAUGAGAGGUACCUCCUAGAGGGAAACGGACGGGGGAGCAGGCGUGCCCAGGAGCUGCACACUCCUAGCACAGGCAGUGGGCGAGCUGAGCCAGGUCAUACUCUAAACCCCAGUGGCUAGGGGGAAAUGUCACGUGGCUGGGUCACCUCUGGGGCUGCUGGGAUUCUUCCUGACUGCCCAGCUCAUGGAUACCGCCAUCCAGAUUCAAGGCAGUGGGCCACAUGACAUUGACCUCUGCCCUCAAAGGGCUCCACGAAGGCCUGACGCUUGGUUUUCUUUCCAUACCCUAUGUUUCCAGAAGACAAGUCUGUUGUUGAUUAAGUAACAGCCCAAAGGACAGGCCACCCUAUGGCACUACCAUGGUUAUAUCUUCUGUUAUGUGCCUGCUACGUGGAAGGGCCUAGAGACAGAGCAUAUGUACCAGACCCAAACUGGCUACGCUCCCUUUGCUUGUGACGUGUGAUUGAUCAUGUACACUCUGUCCAGUGCAGCCAAAGCUAAGGACCCCAGAGCCUUCUUCCUGUCUUCCAGAAGGCUGUGAGGUCAACCCAGAUGUCACUCCUAACUUCUCAGUGAACAGCAUGUCUGAGCUGAGAAAGGCCCUUUAACAAACCACCUCCCUGCUCUGGGAUGCUCCUCUCACAAAGCUUGUUUACAAAGGUGUUUGCCCUUCUGUGAAGGUGGAAGGAGACCAUGGGUGCUGCUGUGCAGGUUGCUGGGAAUCCCGUCAUAAGACAUUUGUCGGAAGGACUUGACUCCACAGAAAAUAAUCCUGGGAACAGUGAGCUGUAAACGGAUCUCAUUAAAAUGUUAAAAAGAAAGAACAAGAA